AUGCGCUCAGCGGCCGCAGCUCCUCAGAGUCCCGCGGCGGCCACCGAGCCUCGCCGCUUCGCCGUAGCUAGGUGGCCAGGGCGGCGCUCGCUCCCGCGGCCGGCACGGCGAAGCGGGCGGGGCGGCGGUGGCGCGGUACCGGGCCCGUAUCCCUCCGCCGCCCCUCCCCCGCCCGGCCCUGGCCCCCCUCCCUCCCAGCAGCGCUCGCCUCCCUCUGCCUCAGACUGUUUUGGUAGCAACGGCAACGGUGGCGGCGCAUCCCGGUCCGGCUUCCGGCGGUUCCUCGGUCUCGGCGGGCCUCCCCGCCCCUUCUUCGUCCUCCUUUUCCCCCUCGUCAGCCCGGGCGGCUCCCCGGCCGCGCCAACCCGCGCCUCCCCGCUCGGCGCUCUCGCGUCCCCGCCGCGCUCCGGCGACUCCUCGGCGCGCCCGGCUCCCAGCUGUCCCCGCCCGGCGUGCGAGCCGGUGUAUGGGCCCCUCACCAUGUCGCUGAAGCCCCAGCAGCAGCAGCAACAGCAGCAGCAACAGCAGCAGCAGCAGCAGCCGCAGCCGCCUGCGGCCGCCAAUGUCCGCAAGCCCGGCGGCAGCGGCCUUCUCGCGUCGCCCGCCGUCGCGCCUUCGCCGUCCUCGUCCUCUGUCUCCUCGUCCUCGUCCUCGGCCACGGCUCCCUCUUCCUCGGCGGCCGCGGCGACCGCCAGCAGCGGGAGGCCCGGCCUGGGCAGAGGUCGAAACAGUAACAAAGGAUUGCCUCAGUCUACGAUUUCUUUUGAUGGAAUCUAUGCAAAUAUGAGGAUGGUUCAUAUACUUACAUCAGUUGUUGGCUCCAAAUGUGAAGUACAAGUGAAAAAUGGAGGUAUAUAUGAAGGAGUUUUCAAAACAUACAGUCCUAAGUGUGAUUUGGUACUUGAUGCUGCACAUGAGAAAAGUACAGAAUCCAGUUCGGGGCCAAAACGUGAAGAAAUAAUGGAGAGUAUUUUGUUCAAAUGUUCAGACUUUGUUGUGGUACAGUUUAAAGAUAUGGACUCCAGUUAUGCAAAAAGAGUUCCUUCAGAAACAGAUGCUUUUACUGACUCUGCUAUCAGUGCUAAAGUGAAUGGCGAACACAAAGAGAAGGACCUGGAGCCCUGGGAUGCAGGUGAACUCACAGCCAAUGAGGAACUUGAGGCUUUGGAAAAUGAUGUAUCUAAUGGAUGGGAUCCCAAUGAUAUGUUUCGAUAUAAUGAAGAAAAUUAUGGUGUAGUGUCUACGUAUGAUAGCAGCUUAUCUUCAUAUACGGUGCCCUUAGAAAGAGAUAACUCAGAAGAAUUUUUAAAACGGGAAGCAAGGGCAAACCAGUUAGCCGAGGAAAUUGAGUCAAGUGCCCAGUACAAAGCUCGAGUGGCCCUGGAAAAUGAUGAUAGAAGUGAGGAAGAAAAAUACACAGCAGUUCAGAGAAAUUCCAGUGAACGUGAGGGGCACAGCAUAAACACUAGGGAAAAUAAAUAUAUUCCUCCUGGACAAAGAAAUAGAGAUGUCAUAUCCUGGGGAAGUGGGAGACAGAAUUCACCGCGUAUGGGCCAGCCUGGAUCGGGCUCCAUGCCAUCAAGAGCCACUUCACACACUUCAGAUUUCAACCCGAAUUCUGGUUCAGACCAAAGAGUAGUUAAUGGAGUUUUUAUACUUUCCUUCAUAUCAUUUGUUCUGUCAGGUGUUCCCUGGCCAUCGCCUUGCCCAUCUCCUUCCUCUCGCCCACCUUCUCGCUACCAGUCAGGUCCCAACUCUCUUCCACCUCGGGCAGCCACCCCUACACGGCCGCCCUCCAGGCCCCCCUCGCGGCCAUCCAGACCCCCGUCUCACCCCUCUGCUCAUGGUUCUCCAGCUCCUGUCUCUACUAUGCCUAAACGCAUGUCUUCAGAAGGGCCUCCAAGGAUGUCCCCAAAGGCCCAGCGACAUCCUCGAAAUCACAGAGUUUCUGCUGGGAGGGGUUCCAUAUCCAGUGGCCUAGAAUUUGUAUCCCACAACCCACCCAGUGAAGCAGCUACUCCUCCAGUAGCAAGGACCAGUCCCUCGGGGGGAACGUGGUCAUCAGUGGUCAGUGGGGUUCCAAGAUUAUCCCCUAAAACUCACAGACCCAGGUCUCCUAGACAGAACAGUAUUGGAAAUACCCCCAGUGGGCCAGUUCUUGCUUCUCCCCAAGCUGGUAUUAUUCCAACUGAAGCUGUUGCCAUGCCUAUUCCAGCUGCCUCUCCUACACCUGCUAGUCCUGCAUCAAACAGAGCUGUUACCCCUUCUGGUGAGGCUAAAGAUUCCAGGCUUCAAGAUCAGAGGCAGAACUCUCCUGCAGGGAAUAAAGAAAAUAUUAAGCCCAAUGAAACAUCACCUAGCUUCUCAAAAGCUGAAAAUAAAGGUAUAUCACCAAUUGUUUCUGAACAUAGAAAACAGAUUGAUGAUUUAAAGAAAUUUAAAAAUGAUUUUAGGUUACAGCCAAGUUCUACUUCUGAAUCUAUGGAUCAACUACUAAACAAAAAUAGAGAGGGAGAAAAACCAAGAGAUUUGAUCAAAGACAAAAUUGAACCAAAUGCUAAGGAUUCUUUCAGUGAAAAUAGCAGCAGCAACUGUACCAGUGGCAGCAGCAAGCCGAAUAGCCCCAGCAUUUCCCCUUCAAUACUUAGUAACACGGAGCACAAGAGGGGACCUGAGGUCACUUCCCAAGGGGUUCAGACUUCCAGUCCAGCUUGUAAACAAGAGAAAGAUGAUAAGGAAGAGAAGAAAGACGCAGCUGAGCAAGUUCGAAAGUCAACAUUGAAUCCCAAUGCAAAGGAGUUCAACCCACGUUCCUUCUCUCAGCCAAAGCCUUCUACUACCCCAACUUCGCCUCGGCCUCAAGCACAACCUAGCCCAUCUAUGGUGGGUCAUCAACAGCCAACUCCAGUUUAUACUCAGCCUGUUUGUUUUGCACCAAAUAUGAUGUAUCCAGUCCCAGUGAGCCCAGGCGUGCAACCUUUAUACCCAAUACCCAUGACGCCCAUGCCAGUGAAUCAAGCCAAGACAUAUAGAGCAGGUAAAGUUAAAUACCUAGAAUUGGAAUUGCUGAGGUAUGUACCAAAUAUGCCCCAACAGCGGCAAGACCAGCAUCAUCAGAGUGCCAUGAUGCACCCAGCGUCAGCAGCAGGCCCACCGAUUGCAGCCACCCCACCAGCUUACUCCACGCAAUAUGUUGCCUACAGUCCUCAGCAGUUCCCAAAUCAGCCCCUUGUUCAGCAUGUGCCACAUUAUCAGUCUCAGCAUCCUCAUGUCUAUAGUCCUGUAAUACAGGGUAAUGCUAGAAUGAUGGCACCACCAACACAUGCCCAGCCUGGCUUAGUAUCUUCUUCAGCAACUCAGUACGGGGCUCAUGAGCAGACGCAUGCGAUGUAUGCAUGUCCCAAAUUACCAUACAACAAGGAGACAAGCCCUUCUUUCUACUUUGCCAUUUCCACGGGCUCCCUUGCUCAGCAGUAUGCGCACCCUAAUGCUACCCUGCACCCACAUACUCCACACCCUCAGCCUUCAGCUACCCCCACUGGACAGCAGCAAAGCCAACAUGGUGGAAGUCAUCCUGCACCCAGUCCUGUUCAGCACCAUCAGCACCAGGCCGCCCAGGCUCUCCAUCUGGCCAGUCCACAGCAGCAGUCAGCCAUUUACCACGCGGGGCUUGCGCCAACCCCACCCUCCAUGACACCUGCCUCCAACACACAGUCGCCACAGAAUAGUUUCCCAGCAGCACAGCAGACCGUCUUUACGAUCCAUCCUUCUCAUGUUCAGCCGGCGUAUACCAAUCCACCCCACAUGGCCCACGUACCUCAGUGCGCCAGUGAGGCUCUGGCAAGGUGUGGGCUAGAGAUGCGACUCAGUUGGAUCUAUCUCUCAGAAGGCUACCUUGCUCAUGUACAGUCAGGAAUGGUUCCUUCUCAUCCAACUGCCCAUGCGCCAAUGAUGCUAAUGACGACACAGCCACCCGGCGGUCCCCAGGCCGCCCUCGCUCAAAGUGCACUACAGCCCAUUCCAGUCUCGACAACAGCGCAUUUCCCCUAUAUGACGCACCCUUCAGUACAAGCCCACCACCAACAGCAGUUGUAAGGCUGCCCUGGAGGAACCGAAAGGCCAAAUUCCCUCCUCCCUUCUACUGCUUCUACCAACUGGAAGCACAGAAAACUAGAAUUUCAUUUAUUUUGUUUUUAAAAUAUAUAUGUUGAUUUCUUGUAACAUCCAAUAGGAAUGCUAACAGUUCACUUGCAGUGGAAGAUAUUUGGACCGAGUAGAGGCAUUUAGGAACUUGGGGCUAUUCCAUAAUUCCAUACGCUGUUUCAAAGUCCCGCAGGUACCCCAGCUCUGCUUGCCGAAACUGGAAGUUAUUUAUUUUUUAAUAACCCUUGAAAGUCAUGAACACAUCAGCUAGCAACAGAAGUAACAAGAGUGAUUCUUGCUGCUAUUACUGCUUAAAANAAAAAAAAAAAAAAAAAAAAAAAAAAAAACAAGACUUGGAACACCCUUUUACUAAACUUGACAAAGGUUCAGUAAAUUCUUACCGUCAAACUGACGGAUUAUUAUUUAUAAAUCAAGUUCGAUGAGGUGAUCACUGUCUACAGUGGUUCAACUUUUAAGUUAAGGGAAAACUUUUACUUUGUAGAUAAUAUAAAAUAAAAACUAAAAAAAAAAAUUAAAAAAUAAAAAAAGUUUUAAAAACUGA